GGCAAAUUCCUCAUCGUGUUCCUCAGAUUGUGAUCAACAAAACCCCCAUAACACAUAUGCAGUUUGACGUCCAGCUUCUUGGUGAUUGCGACGUCAUCAUACCUGAACUCUGCAGACUUUUAGAAUGGGAGUUAGUUCAUAAAAAGCUUAAACCCACUUCAAAACCUGUUCCUUAUCGAUUUGUGGAGCCUAACAUUUAUUUGUUUGAAGGGGCUGUAGUUAAAGGCGAAUUUGGUGAUAUUGAUGUGAAGUCAAAUGUUGAAGGGUUAAAUGAUCAAAAAAUAUCGAAUAUUGAUGAUAGCAAAGAAAUCGAUCACACUGACCUUAAACAGACUUUAGAAUUACCUUCAUCGUCUACCCUGUCCCAUAUAGAAUUAUAA